AUGGACGCCUAUCUCACGCUUGAAUUAAGAAAAAGAUUCAACUCUUCUAUGACUUAUCAAGAAUAUCUAGAUGCUUAUGAUAAACCUCCUCCAAAACCUAAGUUAAAACCAAAAGAAUCACCCGUCGUUGCUGAAUUACUUCUAUUGGAACCCCCAAAAGGGCCUAAACCUUAAUCAUAAAAAUUAGAGAUAUAUGAACCAGAUGAAAUUAUCCUGGAAGAAUCAGAAACAGAUGAACGAUCACGAGCACAAUCCCCAAUACAGAAACCUCCUUGUUACAAAGCUCUAAAGGCUAAUAAUGUCAGAGUAAGAAGCCAGAGUGAAAAUUUUGUGUUUUCAGUGUAUCGUUUCUUGUAAAACAAGCAACAUGUCCCUAAAUAAUGAUAAAACUAAAUUCAUAAAAACUAACAUCUAAGCUAUUUAUAA